AUGGAUCCUCCUGUCGACGACCACGACCCUGAACAACCACCCAAACCGCUUCACCAGCGCACCAGAGCACCCACAAUCAGCAUCGAUGACACUUCCAUCAAUCCCCGACCUGAUGCUCCCCCUAGCGCCUCCUCUGACAAACCAGGUCCUUUACCUCGAAUUCAGACUACUGGCUUAGAGUCACCCUCUCUCGCGUCCCCGUUUUCCUUGUCUCCUACCGACCAACGAUUAUCCAUCGACACCCGUGGAUCUCGACCCACCUCACCGCACAAUGUCUCGUCUCCCAGAGGACAGGCCCUGGAUGGAGCUGGUGCACAGACCUUCUUGUCUGUCCCUGGUUCAAGAGCGAGGGGUACGUCAGUAGAGUCGGAGCUCUCGCAAUCUUCCGAUUAUGGCGGUGAAACUCAGAUCGAAUCUCUGGCUUCCACAGCCGGCGAUCCCCUCAGCAAGUCGUCCUUUUCCAAUAACAACGAGAUCAUGAACGACGAGUCCGCAUUACACCCCGAUCCUGGCACCGAAGACGACUUCAAAGUAGAGAACAACAAAUUCGCCUUCAGUCCCGGUCAACUCAACAAAAUGAUAAACCCCAAGAGUUUGGCCGCCUUUCACGCCCUGGGUGGCCUUGGUGGCCUCGAAAAAGGCCUCCGUACCAAUCGACACACCGGCCUGAGCAGCGAUGAAGUGGGUCUCGAUGGCACCGUUGAUUUCAGUGACGCUGUCCAAGCAGGAGUUGUUUCUAAUGAAAAGUUUGGCUCCGUCAAGAGGACCAUGACUGCUAGUUCAAUGACACAGCCAGCCAAGACCUCGGACAACUCCUUUCACGACCGGAAACGCAUAUUCAAAGACAACCGACUGCCCGAAAAGAAAUCAAAGACUUUCUGGCAACUGGCUUGGACCGCAUACAACGACCGUGUCUUGAUCCUUCUCUCUGUUGCCGCAGUCAUCUCUCUUGCUCUGGGCAUCUACCAAAGCGUCCGCCCUGUUCAAGCUGAAGAACACGAAGCUCGAGUGGAAUGGGUCGAGGGUGUUGCAAUUAUGGUCGCCAUUCUUGUCGUUACCUUCGUCGGUGCUUUGAAUGAUUUUCAGAAGGAGCGUCAGUUUGUCAAACUGAACAAGAAAAAGGAGCAGAGAAAUGUCAAGGUUAUUCGUUCUGGCAAAUCACAAGAAAUAUCCGUCUAUGACGUUUUGGUCGGCGACAUCAUGCAUCUUGAACCCGGGGACCUUAUUCCUGUCGACGGCGUCUUUAUCGAUGGCCACAACGUGAAAUGUGACGAGUCAUCUGCCACCGGAGAGUCGGACAUUAUUCGUAAGACCAGAGCCGACGAGGUCUAUCACGCCAUCGAAGCCCACGAAAAUCUCAAGAAAAUGGACCCUUUCAUCCUUUCAGGCGGCAAGGUUUCUGAGGGAUUUGGCACCUUCCUCGUAACAUCCGUGGGCGUCAACUCUAGCUACGGCAAGACCUUGAUGUCUCUCCAGGAUGAAGGCCAGACUACUCCACUGCAGUCGAAGCUGAAUAUCCUCGCUGAUUACAUUGCAAAGCUCGGCUUGGCUGCUGGUCUUCUUCUCUUUGUCGUCCUCUUCAUCAAAUUUUUGGUCCAACUGAAGAAUAUUCAAGGUGGUUCUCAAUCAAAGGGUCAACAAUUCCUGCAGAUUUUCAUUGUCGCCGUGACCAUCAUCGUCGUCGCCGUUCCCGAAGGCUUGCCACUCGCCGUCACCUUGGCCUUGGCCUUUGCGACCACCCGAAUGCUCAAAGACAAUAACUUGGUUCGACUUCUCAGGGCGUGCGAAACUAUGGGGAACGCGACGACAGUCUGCUCAGAUAAAACAGGCACCCUCACAGAGAACCGAAUGACAGUCGUGGCCGGUUCCCUCUCCACUGCUUCAAGGUUCGGCGACAGUGAAGAAGUCGUGCCUGACGCCGCAACCCACGAAUUGAAGAAAUCCGACCAUGUGUCUGCUGAUGUUUCCUCCGCUGAAUUCUACAAAACUCUUGCCAAAGAGACUCAGGUGCUCCUCAAGGACUCAGUUGUCCUCAAUUCGACAGCUUUUGAAAGCGAGGAAAACGGGAAGCGCAUCUUCAUUGGUUCCAAGACAGAAACAGCGCUUCUUCAAUUCAUCGUCGAUCAUACUCCAAUUGGAUCCAUCAGUGAGGAACGUGCCAACUGCGAAGUCGUGCAGAUGUUUCCUUUCGACUCUGGCCGUAAGUGCAUGGCCGUCGUCAUCAGGCUUCCUGAUGGCGGAUGUCGCAUGUUGGUCAAGGGAGCUUCCGAAAUAUUAAUCUCAAAGUGCUCGCGGAUUAUCGCUGAUCCUACAAAGAGCACAGUCGAUUCGGCCAUCAGUUCCGCGCAGAUGCAGACAUUGAACGAGAUUGUGGAAAACUAUGCCUCCAGAUCUCUCAGAACAAUUGGACUCGUCUACCGGGACUUUCCCGAGUGGCCCCCGCAGGGUUGUGCUUCAAUCGAUGACAAGAAACAAGCCGAGUUCGAUAAAGUGUUUGAGAACAUGAUUUUUCUUGGGGUGGUCGGUAUUCAGGAUCCUUUACGUGCUGGUGUCAAGAAGGCGGUGCGCGAUUGCCAGGUCGCAGGUGUUUUCGUUCGCAUGGUGACAGGUGACAACAUAAUGACGGCCAAAGCCAUUGCGACCGAGUGUGGCAUCUUCACCCCUGGCGGUAUUGCAAUGGAAGGCCCAAUCUUUCGGAAGCUGAGCAGAAAACAGCUCAAACAGGUCAUCCCUCGCCUUCAAGUGCUGGCUCGAUCAAGUCCAGAAGACAAGAAGCGUUUGGUGCAGACUCUGAAGGAUCUCAAGGAAACUGUUGCUGUCACUGGUGAUGGGACCAAUGACGCCCCGGCAUUGAAAACCGCAGACGUGGGCUUUUCAAUGGGAAUCGCCGGCACAGAAGUCGCUAAAGAGGCUUCAGCUAUUAUCUUAAUGGACGACAACUUUGCCUCCAUUGUCAAAGCCAUUUCUUGGGGUCGGACGGUGAACGAUGCGGUCAAGAAAUUUCUCCAGUUUCAAAUCACGGUCAACAUCACUGCCGUGUUUCUCACUUUUAUCUCUGCUGUGGCGAGCUCAGAUGAGUCGUCGGUCUUGACGGCCGUGCAACUUCUCUGGGUUAACCUCAUCAUGGACACAUUUGCAGCAUUAGCACUGGCAACGGACCCUCCGACAGCCUCGAUCCUGCGCCGCCGGCCCGAACCCAGGACAGCACCUUUAAUCAACCUAACCAUGUGGAAGAUGAUUAUCGGCCAAUCCAUUUAUCAGCUUGUCGUGACCCUCAUCCUCAAUUUCGCGGGUGAAUCCAUCUUGAGCUAUGAAACAGCAGACGAGCAGAACAGACUUCAAAGUACUAUUUUCAACACCUUUGUCUGGAUGCAAAUAUUCAAUCAAUACAAUUGCCGACGGCUGGAUAAUAACUUCAACAUCUUUGAAGGGGUGUUGAAAAACUACUGGUUCAUCGGAAUCCAAUUCGUGAUAAUUGGUGGCCAGUGUCUGAUCAUGUUCGUUGGUGGCCAAGCGUUUUCUAUCCACAAGAUCAACGGAGCGCAAUGGGGCUACUCGAUUGUGCUCGGAGCACUUUCUAUGCCUGUGGCUAUUGUUAUCAGAUGUAUUCCUGAUGAGCUUUUUGCGCGUCUGAUUCCGAGUUUCUCACGACGACGGAAAGAUGGACCGGAACUGCUGGUCGAGGACGAAGAGGCACAAGUCCGAAGAUGGAAUCCAGGGGUGGAGGAAAUCCGAGAAGAACUCACGUUUCUCAAGAAGAUUCGUGGCGGCCGUAUGUCGGAGUUAGCAUACAAGUUACAACACCCUCGCGAGAGCAUGAUUCCACGGUCACGGAGUCCCUCGCGUUCUCGAUCCGACACCAAUCUGCCACAGACUCCUGAAGGGGACCUUCCUUCAUCAGAUGCUGUAACGUCGCCGACAUCACCUGCAACGCCUGAGCGAGCUCGAAGGCGAACAAGAGCAAGCUCGAAUGCGUUUGGUCCCGCAGCAGCUAUGGCAGGCAUCGUUGCAGGGAGUAUUGCAGGCGCGUGGUCGCCUAUUGACCGCCGCGCCGAAGAUCCUAGCGAAACGAUUCGAUUCAGUCGAUCGCGAUCUCAUUCUGGCGUCGAGGGAACUGCAGGAAUGGAAAUUCAUCCCGCCACAGCUGCUACCGACCCUGUGUUUGCAGAGAGUAUCCCUCAGGACGGUAUCCCACCAAGCCAGAAUCCUGAUCUCGCCCCCCACUUUGAGCACGCACCACCACAUAGCCCUUCGGGUCGAACCAAAGGAUCACACUCGAGACAGCCGUCGUCCAACGUUUGA